UGAUGGUCCGUCUCGUAGCCGCUGGUGCCCGGCAUUCCACGCACGCCCACCACCCGCAGCGAACAAGAACGAAGCAACUUCUCCUCCUUCUCUCCACCUCCUUGCCAUGACCGGCCAUUCCACAACUGGAGCUGCAGGGGAGACGACACCCGACACGCAAAACAUGGUGGCCCAGGAAGCACCCACCGCCGCUGAGGUUGCGGCUAACGCGGAGACACGCAGUGACAGCAACCCGCUCAACUACUCAAGCAUGGAGGAGUACGUGCGUCUGCAGAAGGGCACGCGCGCUAUCACGUCUGUCCUUAUCGCCAACAACGGUAUCUCGGCCGUCAAGGCCAUCCGCAGUAUCCGUAGCUGGAGCUACGAGAUGUUCGCUGACGAGCACGUCGUGUCCUUCGUCGUUAUGGCCACGCCCGAGGACCUGAAGGCCAACGCAGAGUACAUCCGCAUGGCCGAGCACGUCGUCGAAGUGCCAGGCGGCUCCAACAACCAUAACUACGCCAACGUAUCUCUCAUCAUCGAGAUCGCUGAGCGUUUCAACGUCGACGCUGUCUGGGCCGGCUGGGGUCACGCCUCCGAGAACCCGCUGCUGCCCGACACGCUUGCUCAGACUGAGCGUAAGAUCGUCUUCAUCGGUCCCCCGGGCAAGCCCAUGCGUGCAUUGGGCGACAAGAUCGGCUCCACUAUCAUUGCGCAGAGUGCCAAGGUGCCCACGAUCGCCUGGAAUGGCGACGGCAUGGAAGUCGACUAUAAGGCACACGACGGUAUCCCCGACGAGAUCUACAACGCCGCUAUGUUGCGCGACGGUCAGCACUGUCUGGACGAAUGCAAACGUAUCGGCUUCCCCGUCAUGAUUAAGGCCAGCGAAGGUGGAGGUGGCAAGGGUAUCCGUAUGGUCCACGAAGAGUCCCAGGUGCUAAGUGCCUGGGAAGCUGUGCGUGGUGAAAUCCCCGGCUCUCCAAUCUUCGUCAUGAAGCUGGCACCCAAGUCACGUCACUUGGAGGUGCAGCUACUGGCUGAUACUUACGGUAACGCUAUCGCGCUCAGUGGCCGUGACUGCUCCGUGCAGCGUCGCCACCAGAAGAUCGUCGAGGAAGGCCCCGUGCUCGCACCCACUGAAGAAGUGUGGGAGAAAAUGAUGCGCGCUGCCACUCGUCUUGCCAAGGAGGUCGAGUACGUCAACGCCGGUACCGUUGAGUACCUGUUCAGUGAGCUACCGGAGGACAACGGCAACUCGUUCUUUUUCCUGGAGCUUAACCCGCGCCUGCAGGUGGAACACCCCGUCACAGAAAUGAUCACGCACGUGAACCUGCCGGCUGCUCAACUGCAGGUGGCUAUGGGCAUUCCGUUGCACUGCAUCCCGGAUGUGCGUCGUCUGUACAACAAGGAUGCGUUCGAGACGAGUCCUAUUGACUUCGACACGGAGAAGCAGAAGCCUCCGCAUGGACACGUUAUCGCUGCGCGUAUUACCGCCGAGGACCCGAACGCCGGUUUCCAGCCCACCAGUGGUGCCAUCCAGGAGCUCAACUUUCGCAGUACGCCCGAUGUUUGGGGCUACUUCUCGGUGGAUUCGUCCGGCCAGGUGCACGAGUUCGCUGACUCGCAGAUUGGUCACUUGUUCUCGUGGAGCCCGACCCGUGAAAAGGCCCGUAAGAACAUGAUUCUGGCGCUCAAGGAGCUGUCGAUCCGUGGUGAUAUCCAUACGACAGUGGAGUACAUUGUCAACAUGAUGGAGUCCGACGAUUUUAAGUACAACCGCAUCUCCACGUCCUGGCUGGAUGAGCGUAUCUCGCACCACAACGAAGUGCGUCUGCAGGGCCGUCCGGACCCCUUGAUGGUGGUUCUGGUUGGAGCCGUGUGCUGCGCGUAUCAGGCGUCGAAUGCGCUUCAGGAGGAGUACGUUAGUCAGAUCGAGCGCGGUCAGCUUCCUCACAGUCAGUUGCUGUCUCAAGAAGAGUCGCUGGAGCUCAUUUACGAAGGUAUCAAGUACAACAUCAAGGCGUGCCGUAGUGGCCCCAUCCAGUUCACUCUGUUCUGCAACGACUCGUACGUGCAGGUGGAGAUCCGUACGCUGUCGGACGGAGGUUUCCUGGUGCUGCUGAACGGCAAGUCGCACGUUGCGUACGCUACCAAGGAGGCACAAGGUCUGCGUCUUGUUGUUGACAGCCACACGUGCGUGUUCACUAAGGAAUACGACCCCACGCGUCUGGUGACCAACACGGCCGGUAAGCUCGCUCGUUACCUGGUGGACGACGGUGCCAGUCUGCGUCGCGGUAUGCCGUACGCUGAGAUUGAAGUGAUGAAGAUGUACAUGCCGCUACUGACUCCGGAGGCUGGUGUUAUCCGUCUUCUCAAGUCGGAGGGUGCUGUGUUGGCGCCUGGCGACUGCAUCGCUACUAUGGAGCUGGAUGAUCCGUCGUGUGUCAAGAAGUCUGACGUGUUCAUGGGCAAGCUUCCGUCCUCGGAGAACACCAACGGAAACAGCACCAAGUCGGUGCACAAGAUGCGCAAGUCUCUCGCUUUGCUGAAGAGUGUGCUGCAGGGUUACUACGCGCCCGAGGAUCUUACGCAGAAGGCUUUGGUUGACCUGUUCCAGGUGCUCAAGGAGCCUCUGCUGCCCGUGGAGGAGAUCAAGGAGGCCAUGUCAUCGCUCGCCGGUCGUAUUCCGCUUGACGUGUUCGCGAAGGUCACGGACAAGAUCCAGACGUUCAAGAAGGCUGUGGCCGAGGAGCCCAAUGCUACCCACGAGUUCAACGUCGCUGAGGUUGCUGAGAUCCUGGACGAGCACAAGAAGACGCUCGACACGGACCGCAAGCGUUCGGACUUUGAGGCUUCUAUCGUGGCGCUCCGUGAUAUUACCACCAAGUACAAGCACGGCCUGAUCUCUGGCGAGGAGGCGGUUCUGACCGAGCUGAUCAACGAAUACUUCACCGUGGAGACUGUGUACGCUAACUCGCACAACAUUGAGGAUGUGGUGAUGGCUCUGCGUCAGCAGAACUCGGCGGAUCUCAACAAGGUGUUCUCUAUCGCGCGCUCGCACAAGGCUCUGGAGGCGAAGAACAAGCUGCUGCUGCAGCUUCUUGCGCAGAUGGCCCGCGGCACGGCUGUGGCUCCGCGCAAGUCGAUGAAGUCUGCUGCGUUUGUGCCGCUCCUCGAGAAGCUGGCCACGUUCAAGGAGAAGCAGUACUCGCUGGUGGCUCUGGAGGCGCGUCAGCUUCUGAUUGACAACAAGAUGCCGUCGUACCGCGACCGUCUUAGCCAAGUGGAGAAGGUCCUCAAGGACUACAUCGCCAACGGCUCGUCCACGAACCUUGCUGAAGCCUGCGCGAACCUGCUGGAUCAGUCCCAGCCGCUCUUCGACCUGCUCAUUUCGCUGCUCGACCACGAAGACCAGAAGAUCCGUGAGUUGGCGCUGGAGCUGUACGCUCUGCGUGUGUACCGCUCGUACCUCAUCGAGUCGAUGGAGACCAUGAGCUUCAACGACAUCUUUGCCAAGACGUUCCAGUUCAAGUCGCCGGUUGUCGAUGCACUGGCUGUCGGCGUUGCUCCUGCUGAGAGUUACGACGACCUGGCGAGUCUUCUGCGUCGCAACAGCUCUGCCAGCUCGCUGGACCUGGGCGAACACAACUCUGAGGAUUCCAACGAGGAACAGGAACAGAUCGAGAAGCCGCUUGCCAAGCCUGUCGAGAGCUACCAGAAGAUCUCGCCCAGCUUCGAGCGUCACGGUGCCAUUAUUCGUCUUGCGAACCUCGAGGCGUUCCAGAAGGCGUUCACGGAUGUUAUGUCGCUGUUCCCGUUGGCAAAGAAGACGCUGUCGGUGCGCAAGGACCCGCUUGUGAACGUCCUGCACGUCAUUUUGGUGGACGAGCACUCAGAGGAGUCCAAGCUUUUGGAACAGGCUGAGGCGUACCUCAAGUCGGUGGACGACGAUCUGCGCGCGCACAACAUUCGUCGCGUGACCUUCUCGGUGCGUCCGCAGAACAUUGAGAACGUCUCGGUUCACAACGCAGACAUGGCGCUGUACCCGAACAUCUACACGUUCCCUGGCCGUCUGGCCUACAGCGAGGACAAGAUCUUGCGCCACAUGGAGGCCCCACUCGCCUACAAGCUGGAGCUGCGUCGUCUGCAGAACUACAGCGUGACGCCUUUGACGUCGGAGAACAAGAACGUUCACCUGUAUCUGGCCAAGAUCAAGGAGUCGGACGCGCACAUCGUGACCGACCGCUUCCAGCGCAUCUUUGUUCGUGCGGUGGUUCGUCAGCUCGACCACGACGGCAGCGGCUCUCGUUCGCAGUAUGACGCGUACCCGGGCCCUGAACGUUCGCUUGUCGAUGCUCUGAACGCUCUGGAGGUGAACCUGUCCAACCCUCUGGUCAAGAAGUCGUCGCUGCCGACCAAGAACAACCACGUGUACCUCAACAUCCUGCCUCAGGCCAUUGUGGACCCGCAGUACCUGGAGGGCGUCAUCCGUAUUCUGGCGUACCGUUACGCUGAGCGUCUGGAGCAGCUUGGUGUGUCCACGGUGGAGCUCAAGAUCAUUGCUCGCUUCAACAGCGAAGCCCCGGCGAUCCCGGUGCGUCUCGUGGCUGAGAACCCGACGGGUUACGUGGUGCGCGUGCAGGCGUACGUCGAGGCUGCUGGCCACGAUGAGCCCAUCUUCACCUCGAUCGGUGACGAGACGCACGGCGAGCUGGACGGCAUGCCGGUCACGACGCCGUACCCGGUCGUGUUCCCGUUCGACAAGAAGCGUCAGAUGGCCAAGGCCAUGUCCAACACGGUGUACGUCUACGACUUCCUGGAGCUCAUCGAGUACAACCUGUUGCGUCAGUGGCGCAAGUACGUGCAGCAACGUACGCGCGGUGGCGGCUCGAAGAUCACCAUCCCGAACCUGUUGAUGGAAACGCGCGAGCUGAUCCUGGACGCGACGGGCAAGGCGCUGACGGAGACUACGCGCCCGCGUGGCCAGAACGACAUCGGCAUGGUGGCGUGGCUGCUGACGCUGUACACGCCAGAGUUCCCGGACGGACGUGAGAUCAUCAUCAUCGCCAACGACAUCACGUUCAAGGCUGGUUCCUUCGGUACUCGCGAGGACACGCUGUUCGACCUGGCGUCCAAGCUGGCUCGCUCCAAGGGUAUUCCUCGUUUCUUCUUCUCUGCCAACGCUGGUGCUCGCAUCGGUAUGGCCGAGUCCAUUAAGGCGCUGUACAAGGUCUGUUGGAAGGAUGAGACCAACCCCACCAAGGGCUUCGAGUACCUGUACUUGACGCCUGAGGACUACAAGGUUGCGUCGGCCGAGGGAUCCGUUAACGCUGAGCUGCUGGUCACCAGCACGGGUGAGGAGCGCUACGUGCUGAACGACAUCGUCGGUCGCGAGAUUGAUCUUGGUGUGGAGUGCCUGCGUGGCAGUGGUACAAUUGCCGGCGAGACGUCGCGCGCGUACCAGGACGUGUUCACGCUGACGUACGCCUGCGGCCGCAGUGUCGGUAUCGGUGCCUACUUGGUCCGUCUGGGUCAGCGUACGGUGCAGAACGCUACGCACUCGCCGAUCAUCCUGACGGGCUACCAGGCGCUGAACAAGCUCAUGGGCAAGGAGGUGUACACGUCGAAUGACCAGCUUGGUGGUGUGAAGAUCAUGCACACGAACGGUGUGACGCACCUGACGGCGAAGAACCACCUCUCGGGCAUCUACUCUAUCCUCGAGUGGCUGAGCUUCGUGCCGGCUGUUCGUCGCGGCCCGCUCCCGAUCCGCGACCUGACCGGUGUGGAUGAGAUCGAGCGUACGGUGGACUUCUGUCCCGCGGACAAGAGCACGCAGUACGACCCGCGUGCGCUGCUGGCGGGUAAGGUGGACGAGUCGACGGGCAAGUGGAUCUCCGGUCUUAUGGACAAGGACUCGUUCCGUGAGACGCUUGACGGCUGGGCCAAGAGCGUGAUCGUCGGCCGUGGCCGUCUUGGUGGCAUCCCGUGCGGUGUGGUCGUCACCGAGGUGCGCACGUCCGAGAAGGUUAUCCCGGCUGACCCGGCCACCCCUGCGUCGCAGGAGAACCUGAUGCAGCAGGCCGGACAGGUGUGGUUCCCGGACUCCGCCCACAAGACGGCUACUGCCAUCAAGGACUUCAAGGGCGAGGACCUGCCGCUGUUCAUCCUGGCCAACUGGCGUGGUUUCUCCGGUGGCCAGCGCGACAUGUUCGACGAGGUGCUCAAGUUUGGUGCUGCGAUCGUGGAUGGCCUCGUCAACUACGAGCAGCCCGUGUUCGUGUACAUCCCGCCGUUCGCUGAGCUGCGUGGUGGCGCCUGGGCCGUGGUGGACCCUACCAUCAACGAGGGUAUCAUGGAGAUGUACGCCGACCCGCAGGGCCGCGGUGGUGUGCUUGAGCCGGCCGGUCUGAUUGAGAUCAAGUACCGCAAGAAGCAGCUCUUGCAGACCAUGCAUCGCUUGGACGACAAGCUCAAGCAGCUCACCGCUCGUCUGGCUGAGCUGUCGCCUGAGCAGAAGGAGACCGAGGGAGCCAAGAUUUCGGCUGAGAUCAAGACCCGUGAGGAGACUCUCCUACCGAUCUACGUGCAGGUGGCCACGGAGUUUGGUGACCGUCACGACACGCCCGGCCGUAUGAAGGCCGUGGGUUGCAUCCGUCAGGUUGUGCCCUGGUCGAACUCGCGCAAGUUCUUCUACUGGCGUCUCAAGCGUCAGCUCGCCGAGUUCUCGCUGCGUCGCCAGGUGGUGGCUGCCAGCGCCGGCGGCCCGCGCGCUACAACGUUCGUGGGCUCUGAACUGGUGCUUAAGGGCUGGUUCACGGAGGCGGUGAACGGCGGCCGUGUGCCGCGCCAACAGAACGUGUCGGUGGACGAGCUGUGGUCGCACGGCGACUCGGACGUGUUGCUGUGGCUGUCGAGCGACAAGGAGUGGAUCGCCUCGCGCGUGGCUGAGCUGCGCCAGGAGCAGAUGGCCUCGCAGGUUGUCGAGAUCGGCCGCAAGGACCCCAAGGCCGCCGUCGCCGGUAUCCUCGAGGUGCUCAACCUGCUGAGCGACAAGGACCGCGAGGAAGCCGUGAACGCUCUGCGUCGUGGCUCCAUCUUCCACAAGUAAGUGACGUCUAGUGUUACAUGAGUUAGAGAAGAGGAACAAGUGAAUGAAUAUGUAUCGCUUCAUGAAUUUUA